GUCAGGGUUCAGCAUCCGGGUGCCUGUCGCCGCUUGUCCGCCCGCUGCUGCUCGCGACAUGGCGGCGGGCGGGAGGAGGAGGAGGGAGCGGCGGGGGGAGCGCAAUUGGCACUGAGGGAGCGGCGAGCGUGGACGGAGAGGGUUAGACUCUGCUGUUCUCCUCCCACCCACCCAGAGUGAUGUCCGCCACGGGGAGUAAACGAGCCGCGUCCGAUGCGGGUUCCGGACCCCCGGAGAAGAAGACAAACACGGAGGAGAAACCCACCACCACCCUGAUCGAGCCCAUCCGCCUCGGAGGGAUCUCCUCCACUGAGGAGAUGGACCUGAAGGUCCUCCAGUUCAAGAACAAGAAGCUGGCGGAGCGCCUGGAGCAGCGGCAGGCGAUUGAAGACGAACUGAGGGAACGGAUCGAGAAGCUGGAGAAACGACAGGCCACUGAUGAUGCCACGCUGCUCAUCGUCAACCGAUACUGGAGCCAGCUGGAUGAGAACGUGCAGGUGCUACUGCACAGGUAUGACCCGGAGCCGGACGAGGUGCCAGCACCCAGAGAAGACCCAGAGACCACCGAGCCCACCCACAGCACCGAGGGACAAGAGAGCACAGAGCAGGAGACAGUCACUCUGCCAGACCCGAGCCCUCCUCCUGCAACAGUGAAGGAGCCACUAGAGGAGCCGGCACUCUCGUUCCUGGCCACACUAGCGAGCAGCAGUAGCGAGGAGAUCGAACUGCAGCUCCAGGAGCGCAUGGAUUUCUCCAAGAAGGCCGUGUCGCGCAUCGUGGAGGUCUUUGACCGACUGCACCGCCGCGUUGAGGGGCUGUGUCAGAGGCUCAGCAGCCAAGGAGCAGCAGAAUUGGAGGACAGUGCUCGAUGCCUGAACCAAGAGGUAAUGGGGGAGAACCGGCGUCUACACGACCUUGCAACCCAGCUGCAGGGCAAGCAUCACAAGAUGUCCAUGGAGUACAAUGAGCUGCAGGACAAGGUUCAGUCGGCCGAGACCAAGGUGUCGGAGAUGGAGACAACCAUCGAGGACCUGCAGUGGGACAUCGAGAAGCUUCGCAAACGCGAGCAGAAGCUCAACAAGCAUCUUGCUGAGGCGCUGGAGCAGCUGAACACAGGAUACCACGUGUCAGGUGGAUCCGGCGGAUUCCAGGGUGGACACAUCACACUUCACAUACAGAAGUUUGAGAUGCUGAAUGCAGAAUUGGAGGAGAACAAGGAACUGGCGAACAGCCGGAUGGCGGAGCUGGAAAAACUGGAGCAGGAGUUACAAGAAGCCGUGCGGGAGAAUGAGAAGCUGAAGAUUGAUCUGCGGAACAUCCCCGAGGAGGUGGUGAAGGAGACGGCGGAAUACAAGUGCCUGCAGUCACAGUUCUCACUGCUCUACAAUGAGAGCCUGCAGGUGAAGACGCAACUGGACGAGGCUCGAGCCCUGCUACUCACCACCAAGAAUGCACACCUUCGCCAGAUCGAGCACAUGGAGAGUGACGAGCUGAACUUGCAGAAGAAGCUGCGGACGGAGGUGAUCCAGCUGGAGGAUACACUGGCCCAGGUGCGCAAGGAGUACGAGAUGCUGCGCAUUGAGUUUGAGCAAAACCUGGCAGCCAACGAGCAGGCAGGUCCCAUUAACCGCGAGAUGCGACACCUCAUCAACAGCCUGCAGAACCACAACCAUCAGCUGAAGGGGGACGUGCAGCGUUACAAGAGGAAAUUACGGGAGGCACAGACUGAGAUUAACAAGGCUCGCAUGCAGUGUUACCCUCCGUCAGUCGGAAGCUCGACGCCCGCACCUCCCUCCUCCUCCUCCUCCUCUACAGUUUCCUCCUCCUCAACCUCAUCUGGACCCUCUGUCGGUCCCCCUCCUGGCAUGGAGGACGUGAAGGAAGAGGAGGGAGCAGCAGAGGCGAGGAAGGAGAGCCGGGAGCCCCAGCUGACACCAUCCGCUCCACCAGUGGUGAAGGAGGAGAAGGAGAAGGAGGUGCCAGCAGUGGCCGAGGUAAAAGAGGAGGAGGCUCCCCCACCGAAACGGGAACCAGAACGCCCUCCUCGGACCAGGGAGAAGGAGCCAGAGAGGGAGCGGGAGAGGGAACGGGACCGCGAGCGGGACAGAGACCGAGAACGAGACAGAGACCGGGACCGCGACAGGGAUCGGGACCGCGACAGGGAUCGGGACAGAGACCGCGACAAAGACAAGGACAAGUCCAAGGGCGACGAUGCCAAGAAGAAGGAUUCUGACGUCCUGAAGCAGCUGAAAGUGGAGCUCAAGAAAGCCCAGGAGAGCCAGAAGGAGAUGAAGCUGCUGCUGGACAUGUACAAGUCGGCCCCCAAGGAGCAGAGGGACAAGGUGCAGCUGAUGGCGGCGGAGAGGAGGGCCAAGGCCGAGGUAGAGGAGAUGAAGGUGAAGGUGAAGGACAUGGAGGAGAAGGAACGCAAGGAGAGUAAGAAGCUGGCGGACGAGGACGCCCUCAAGAAGAUCAAGUUUGCCGAGGAGCAGAUUGAGCACCUGCAGAAGAAGCUGGCAGCAACAAAACAGGAGGAGGAGGCACUUCUCUCGGAGAUGGAUGUUACAGGCCAGGCUUUCGAGGACAUGCAGGAGCAGAAUAUCCGGCUGAUGCAGCAGCUCCGGGAGAAGGACGACGCCAACUUCAAGCUCAUGUCUGAGAGGAUCAAGUCCAACCAGAUCCACAAGCUGCUCAAGGAGGAGAAGGAUGAGCUGGCUGAGCAGGUGCUGACUCUCAAGACCCAGGUGGAUGCCCAGUUAUUGGUGGUGCAGAAGUUGGAAGAGAAGGAACGGGUUCUCCAGAGUAACCUCUCUGUGGUGGAAAAGGAGCUCACCCUGCGGAGCCAAGCUCUCGAACUCAACAAGCGCAAGGCAGUGGAAGCUGCCCAACUUGCUGAGGAUCUUAAGGUCCAGUUGGAGCACACACAGACCAAGCUGAAGGAGAUCCAGGCAGCCAUGUCUGACAACCGGUCUGCCAAGGAGAAGGAGUCAUUCAACCUCAAGCGAGCACAGGAGGACCUGUCCAGACUUCGCCGGAAACUGGAGAAACAGAAGAAGGUGGAGGUUUUCUCAGAUGCUGAUGAGAUCCUGAUGGAGGAGAUUAAGGAAUACAAGGCCAAACUGACCUGUCCAUGCUGCAACACACGGAAGAAGGACGCCGUGCUGACCAAGUGCUUCCAUGUCUUCUGUUUUGAGUGUGUCAAGACCCGGUAUGACACCCGGCAGCGCAAGUGCCCCAAGUGUAAUGCUGCCUUCGGCGCAAACGACUUCCACCGAAUCUACAUCAGCUGAGGAGUGUUGGGGACAGUCCUCUCCACCCACCCUCCUUUGCGAUUAGGCCUCUACCCUCUCUACCACACCUUUCCCUGCCCUAGGGCCAUCCUCCCUGAAACCUCCCCCUCCCUACCAACUACACUUCAUCCCUGAAACCUUCCCAAGCUGUAACAAACCCCCAUCAAUACUGAAACUUCCAUGCCACACCCUCUCCGACCCUGAAACCUUCCUACUCUGUACCAGCCCCUUUCUAACUUUGGGGCCUUUCACCCUGCACCAACCCCUCUCUAACCCUGAAACCUCUGUACCAUACUUCUGCAAGCUUGAAAUCUUUCCCUUUGUACCAACCCCUCUUUGACCCUGGGUCUCACACCCCUCCAUACUAGCACCUCUUCAACCACCCCCUCCAAACCUGAGCCCUUGUAUCAUACUCUCUCCAGCUGUGAAACCUCUGUAUCACACCCAUGUCCUCUGACCUUGAAUCCUUCCCCUCUGUAACACAGGCUUUCCAGCCCCUUAACCCAUCCCCACUGUAAUACCCCUUUCCAUUCCUGUGACCAUUUUGGUGUGGCUGACAAGAGUCCAUUUUUGGGUGGGGCUACAAGGCUGGGUUAUCUUCUUGUGUGAGGCAGAGGUGGAGAUGGAACAGUGGGACAGUGACAGUUCCAGGCCGUGCCAAGUGAAGGUUGUUAGCCUCGGCCAUUGCCCACACUGCCACAAAUUCCCCAAGCAGGAGUUGUCAACCUCCUGCCUUGGUCCUGGACUGAUACUUCAUGGGGCAGUGCUUGAGGUUGGCAGCUUUUUUACUCUGUGCUUCGUGUUUUAAUUGACAGACAGCCAUUUUGAGGAGGGGCAAUGGUGACAGUCUAUUUGGGCAAAGCAUUGGUGUCCAUUCUAGGUAGACAUAGGGCUGAGGCAGACAUUUUGGGUGAAGCAGUGGCAGUCAGUAUAGGUAGGACUGUGGAUAUUUUGGGCAAGGCAACGUUGUCCAUUUUGGGCGGGGCAUGGCGGCCUGUGUGGCAUCGAGCUUUGGCCCCAGCCUGAGAGAAUCCCUGUAAAAGUCAUACCUUUCGGCAGCGGAAUUUUGUUUUUUAAUUUAUUAUUUUCCUGCGGAGGAUUGGCGAAGGUGAUGCGUGUUUGGUCUCUGACGUUUUGCCUUCUGUUCCUUCCUCAAUAAAUGCGAAGCUGCCA